UGAUAUGUGUAUGAAGUAGCAAGAUGAUAGACAAGCAGACCUCGACACCUCAAAGGCUGGCAGCGGCGAUUAUCGGCCAGAAACUCCGGCGUGGCAGCGAGAAUGUGGGCAGGUCAAACACUUCGGCAAGGUGUACCUUCUUCGGCAACCUUCGAGUCGAUCCUCUUCAGAGAGGCUGAGUCCAACUUGGUGGCUAGACGGAACUUUCAUCUCGCUUCUAGACCAUUAUCUUCACCAGGAGCCGGUCCGUCAACAUUUCGUGUCCGGCACGAUAGAUUUGCUCGACUAUGUGGGCCCAGAACUGCCAAAGACGGAGCCUUGCGUAUAUCGAAGAGGGACUUCUCGAUUGACUCUGCCAUCUCGACGACCUUUGAUACCGCCCAAACACUUCUCAGAUAUCCCACUGGGCUCGUAUCCGACAUCAUCCACCAUUCUCCCAUUGCAUCGAGCGGGGCCACCAUUAUCCUCCUAGCCAUUGUUGUCAGAUCACUGUUCACAUUUCCGACGACACUAUGGCAGAGGCGUCAAAGGGCCAAAAUGGAGAUGGUCAACCCUCAGAUCAGCAAGUUCAACGAAGAACAAGCUCCCUUGUUGGCUAUAAAAGCUAGAAAAGCAGGAAUGGACGAAAAGGGCUAUAGGGCCUGGGUCGUCGAGGUGGUCAAGGCCGAACGAGACCGACUAUACAAGCUUAAUGGGAUACAUCCCCGCCUGAGUCAAUUCGGACCUUUGCUUUUCAAUCUCUCGCUGCUUUUGACCAUGUCGACAGGCGUGCGAGCAUCUGUCGGUGGAAUCGGGAACACGAUUGCAUCUGAAAGCUUCAUGUGGAUACAACAUCUCGGUGAACCAGACAUGGCUAUAUCCCUCGCGGCUGGUUUCACAUCAUUCGCCAUCGCAGAGAUCACUGGUGUGGGGUUGAGGCGGGGUGCCGAGCUUUCCGCUGCCAAAGCUGGCAAGACUGGCGAGAACCAGCUGGGAGUUGUCCCUGAGGCAACUGAGACAGAUAAAAAGGGUCAAGCGGGAUCCUCAGUGACUGCUGCACCCUCAUUUACUCCCUCUAGACCCUCACCGCCGCCAAGUCCUUCGCGAUAUUCCAGUCGCGUACAGCAACUUCAGCGAGCCAGUCGGGAGCAGACCGCUCUAUCCCCUCAGAGGAAGCGUCCACUGCCCGCUCCUACUCCCGGCGCGAAAAGCCGGUCUGAAAGGGCGUUUUCAAGCACGUCAUCCGAUCUUCACCCGAUGAUGCCUCGCGUCACGGUGAAGAACCUGCCACCACCAGUGUUGGAGGACGUGAAUCCCAGGCGGUCCAGUCUGCCCCCAGAGGUUCGGGCAAGGAUCAUCCGCAAAGGACUCGUCAGUGUCAUGAGAGGUGCCGCAGUCAUCCUAGUCAUCAUGGCUAGCCAUAUGCCAGCAGGAAUGGUACUGUAUGUUUGGACGUCUUUGACUUACACGUUGGGUCAAAUUUCGCUGUUCAAAUGGCUUGACGAGAGGAAAGCUUCCCUUCGACUCGUCGAUUCACGACCGUAGAUGCAAUUGACGGAUACCUGGCAUGUAUGAGCAACCUUAUCUGAUUGCUUUCUGCACGCAAUAGAUCGACUUGCCGAGCGGAGAUCGCGUGACGACAGCGAUUCGGCCGCAACUUCGCUCGUAAUUCCAAUUCCGCUCUGGAGCGCCUUAGCGCCAUUGAGUGGUAUGGUGUGGUCGUCCCACACCCCUCUGUCAAUGACGAUAUGAAGGAUCCCCCUUGAGCCCCCACCCGCCCCUAUGCCAAUGCAUGGCGUCCAAGGCCAGUCGCAAUAACGCCACUUGAAAUCAAGCGAAUUACCCACCAAGGUUUCGUGGAAAAAUCUCCGUGCGUCAUUGACGGGAGAAGGGGCACAACAUGAACACAAACGUUAUUAUUUAU